AUGACAAAUAUGGGUGCCUACAGCAUCACUGGAGAAGGAAUGUUCAACAUCACCACUGGGACGGAAUUCCUCCUCCUGGGGUUUUCAGAAGUCCGGGAGCUGCAGCUGGUCCACGGCAUGAUGUUCCUCCUGGUCUACCUGGCGGCCCUGAUGGGGAAUCUCCUCAUUGUCACUGUCACUGCCCUCGAUGAGCGCCUCCACACCCCUAUGUAUUUCUUUCUCAGCAACCUGGCCCUCAUUGACCUCUGUCUCAUCUCCGUCACAGUCCCCAAGUCUGUCGUCAACUCCCUGACCAACAACAGAUCCAUCUCUUUCCUGGGAUGUGUUUUGCAAGUUUUAUUUUUCAUAUCUUUGGCAUCCACUGAAAUGAUCUUGCUCACUGUGAUGUCCCACGACCGCUAUACCGCCAUCUGCCACCCCUUGCGCUAUGAGGUCGUCAUGAACAGAGGGGCUUGUGGGAAGAUGGCGGCCGCCUCCUGGCUCAGCGGGGGCCUCUCCGGCCUCAUGCACAUGGCCACCACCUUCUCUGAGCCCUUCUGUGGAUCCCACGUGAUCCACCAUUUCUUCUGUGAGGCUCCCCACCUCCUGGCCCAAGCUGGCUCCACUGUAAUCCUUAGAGAAGUCAAAGUCACGAUCUUUACUGCAAGCCUCUCCUUUCUUUGCUUCAUUUCUAUCAUCAUCUCUUACAUCCGUAUCUUCUCCAUUGUGCUGAAGAUACCAUCGGUAGAGGGCCGAUCCAAAGCCUUCUCCACCUGCCUGCCCCACCUGGUCGUUGUCAUUCUUUUCCUCUCUGCGGGGGCCUUUGCAUAUCUAAAAUCCAAGUCAAAUGGUCCUUCAGGGGUGGAUCUGUUUCUGUCCAUGUUCUAUUCCAUAGUGCCUCCGGCCAUGAACCCCAUUAUCUAUAGCCUCAGGAACAGAGAGCUGAAGCUCCUGAAACUCUCUGGUUCUGACUGGAUCAUGGCAGAGAUGGACAUUUCAGCCCUCAUUGCAUACCUGCUGGUGUCCGUGUUCUACACGGGGUGUCCCCCUACACUGAACCCCCUCAUCUACAGCCUGAGGAAUAAGGAACAUGAAGGCUGCCCUGAAGAAGGAUCAUAG